CAGCCAGCGCCGGGCAGGCAGGGAGGGAAGGAGGGCGGCGGGGAGGGAGCGGCGCUCGCGCGCCUCGGGCCCGAGAGGAGACAGCGCGGGGCCGGCGGGGCCGCGGCAGGAAUCAUGACGACCUCAGGAAAAGAGAAUUUCCGACUGAAGAGCUACAAGAACAAAUCUCUGAACCCUGACGAGAUGCGUCGCAGGCGGGAGGAGGAGGGUCUUCAGCUGCGGAAGCAAAAGAGAGAAGAGCAGUUGUUUAAACGCCGAAAUGUUGCGACGGCUGAGGAAGAAGCGGAGGAGGAAGUAAUGUCAGAUGGUGGCUUCCAUGAGGCUCAGAUGAACAACAUGGAGAUGACUUCUAGUGCAGUCAUCACCUCUGAUAUGAUUGAGAUGAUUUUCUCCAAUAGUCCAGAACAGCAGCUUUCAGCCACCCAGAAGUUCCGAAAGCUCCUUUCUAAAGAACCAAAUCCCCCAAUAGAUGAAGUCAUAAGCACACAAGGAGUGGUGGCCAGGUUUGUGGAGUUCCUCAAACGAAAAGAAAACUGUACAUUACAGUUUGAAGCUGCAUGGGUGCUGACAAAUAUUGCCUCGGGAAAUUCCCUUCAGACUCGAAUAGUGAUCCAAGCAGGAGCUGUCCCCAUCUUCAUAGAGCUGCUUAGUUCAGAGUUUGAAGAUGUACAGGAACAGGCAGUGUGGGCUCUUGGCAACAUUGCUGGAGACAGCACUAUGUGCAGAGACUAUGUUUUGGACUGUAAUAUCCUGCCCCCUUUAUUGCAAUUACUUUCAAAACAGAACCGUCUCACUAUGACUCGAAAUGCUGUAUGGGCUCUAUCCAACCUCUGCAGAGGGAAAAAUCCUCCUCCCGAUUUUGCCAAGGUUUCACCUUGUCUUAGUGUGCUUUCCUGGCUGCUGUUUGUCAAUGAUACAGAUGUAUUAGCUGAUGCCUGCUGGGCAUUGUCUUAUUUGUCUGAUGGCCCCAAUGAUAAAAUCCAGGCUGUGAUUGAUGCAGGAGUCUGCAGAAGACUUGUGGAACUGCUGAUGCACAAUGACUACAAAGUUGUAUCUCCUGCCUUACGAGCUGUUGGCAACAUCGUCACAGGAGAUGAUAUCCAGACCCAGGUAAUUCUGAAUUGUUCAGCCCUGCAGAGUUUACUGCACUUGCUAAAGCCCAAAGAAUCUAUCAAAAAGGAAGCAUGCUGGACAAUAUCUAAUAUAACAGCUGGAAACAGAGCACAGAUCCAGACAGUCAUAGAUGCCCAUAUCUUCCCAGCUCUUAUAAAUAUUUUGCAAACGGCUGAGUUUCGGACAAGGAAAGAAGCUGCAUGGGCAAUCACAAAUGCAACAUCUGGAGGCUCUGCUGAACAGAUCAAGUAUUUAGUGGAACUGGGAUGCAUCAGACCACUCUGCGACCUCCUCACAGUAAUGGACUCAAAGAUUGUGCAAGUAGCACUGAACGGGCUGGAGAACAUCCUGAGGCUUGGAGAGCAGGAAUCCAAACGCAGUGGCACUGGCAUUAAUCCUUACUGCGCUCUUAUUGAAGAAGCUUAUGGCUUGGACAAGAUUGAAUUUUUGCAGAGCCAUGAAAAUCAAGAGAUUUAUCAGAAGGCCUUUGAUCUGAUUGAGCACUACUUUGGAACAGAGGAUGAAGACAGCAGCAUUGCCCCGCAAGUGGAUAUCAACCAGCAACAGUACAUCUUCCAGCAGUGUGAGGCUCCCAUGGAAGGCUUCCAGCUUUGAGGUGCCCCUGUGCUGUGUGCUCCUCUACCUAGCCAAUCCUGUUGUCGAGCCACAAGCCACCCGUGGAGUGAUUCUCUCAAUGUUUUCCAUAACCCUGUUUGCGCUCAUUCGCUUGCCUUGUGCACAUGCUCUUACAUACGUCUGGAAAACUUUUGGCUCUCCAUGGCAGGAUGCCCCCUCCUUGGCAAGGGGUCUCCAGAAUCACCCUUCUCCUCUAGAUUCUGAAUCUCUCCACUGUCAUCUUCGUGGAGUUGAGGCACCUUUCUAUACUUUGAGAUAUUCCCUCUUCCUAUUACGGGAAAAUAGUCCCUCAUCCACUAGCCCCCACACUCCUGGCAUCCAAGAGAAGGCUGGCUGCUUUUCUCUUGUAUUUGCUGCAGUGUGUGCCUGCAGUCCAGGGAGAUGUUCAGCCUUUCUGAGAACGUAGCUGAAUUCAUCCUUCAUGUUCUCCCCUGGAUGCCUCCUCUUUGGAUGGCGGCGAGAGAUGAGUUAAACCUUCACAUGCAAUGUAUCUACUUUGCUGUACGUGCCAGCUGGGGUUAUUGGCAUGAGGAACAUGUUACAAAUAAUGGAGUAAGUUCUCUAUCCCGUGCAACAACAGGCUGCAAUGGACAUGUUUUGUGGUUCUUAAGAAUACUGAACACAUCUGGCCCCAUCCCGUCUCAACACUGAGCUCCCAAGUUGGAUUGCAGACCACUGUGGAGAUUUGUAUACCUUCCCAGUUUUUCCUCUCCAUCCACAAAAAAAGAACCUGUGAAUAGGUCACUCUUAACACCUCCCCAGAAACAACUUUCCAAAACAGCUUCUAGAAUGGAGAAAUUGCCCUCAGUUCUGCUUGCCAGCACAGUAUGAUCCAGCUGGACCUUUCUUAAAAAUCAAGUCCUUUCUGACUUCAUGCUCCAGAGUCCAGUCCUUGUUAUUAUAGUUAUGGCUGAAAAAUUCCUGUCUGCCUCUUCACAUUUUUACACAGCGUGACUUGAACAGGUUUGUCUUCUGAAAAAUUACCUUCUGAACACAGAAAUCUUAAUUUGUAAAACUUAGCACAAGGAGCAUUAGAUCUCCUUUUCAUUUUCACAAGACAAGAGCUUCCUCUCCAGCCCACCUGAUGGAAUAGAGUCCUCCUGGUCAAGCCCCUUAUUUAACAACUAAAAUGACACUACAUUCAAAGGAUAGUACUAUUACACCUGGAUCCACCUGGCCCUCUCAUUUCAUUUUUCCCUUUUGCUGUUGAUGAGACUUCAGGUGAAUUAGCAUGGAACGCAUGGUUCCUACAGGUGACAUCUGCAAGGCAUCGCCGACUGCAUGACAGCUGCCACUCGCAGCUGUGGACUGCCCUUCUGCUAGCAGCAUGUUCUUGGCUCCGCGACCUGCUUGGAUCACAGACCUCUGAUGCAAAGGCCAGCCACUCCUCACUGAGUUCAGCUGACACUGACACCAAACUCUUCACACAACUGGGGAGAUGCCACGUGAUUGAAAGUGGCCGUUCCAUUUCGGUAAAUGCAAUGGAUUCCCUAGGCCGUCCGCUCCCCCCUGCAUCAGGCUAUGUUCUUUCAAGCCAUUUUGGAUGCUUGGAACACACAUUUGUCCAGUGUAAACAUUUCAAAAUCGCCACUGCCAGCUGCAGCGCCAUGGACCUGUGGUAAAUGUUAGUGGCAGAACUGUCUGCAAGAUCCUCGUGACUCCUCUCAGUGAUAAGCCACUGCAAAAGCAAAACCAGCCCAUUGGAUACAGUUAUAAAAAUACAUAAAUCACUUGUCAUACUGCUGAAAGAAGCUAGGCAAAGGUCUGAACAUCAGCUCUGUGUGACCAUUAUUUAAAUAAAGUCUUUGGUUCUGUCUCUGCUUCAGGAUGGAGACUCUGACCUGUGUGGCCACUGCAGAAGCCACCUGCUGCCUCCCUAGCUAAGCCAGUUGGCCUCCACUUUCCCUCUCCCAGUUAUUUUCUCUAGUGCUGCUUUGUGCUGAAGGAACAUUUAGUUUACUGCACUUGAUCUGUAAAUGGACUUCAAUUCUUUGUAAUUUUAGGGGGUUAAAUUUGGUGGUUAAUUUAAAAAAGCAAAAAAAACCCUCAAUGUUGCCUUUACAUCACAUAUAAAUAACUGUGUUUCUCUUUUCUUGAAGGGUGAUAGAAGCACUGAUUAGUAGCAAAAUCUUGUUUUAGCUUUUGGAUUUUUUUGUGCUGGAUUUUUUUACGUGUAAAUUUCCAAUAACAUGUCAUUUCUAUAAGAUUUGUUUAAAACCAUGUACCUCUUAUUGGAUGGUAUAAAAAUGCUACAUAUUUUGUAAACAAAUCUGAGCAAAGUGUGUGUGCAUAUAUUCUGUAUAUUCAUAUAUGUAUAUUCUGUGUAUAUAUACACUAGCGUGUAUAUAUACAUAUAUACACACACACACACAUAUAUAUAUACACACAUGCAUAAAGUGUGUGUAUAUAUAUACAUACCUAUAUAUCUAUAUAUAUAUAAGUGUUUUCUCUUCCAGGCUAGUGAAAACAAUGUGGUGCAUUGGCGUUUCCCUCCCCUGCCCCCCCCAACGUAAUGACAAUUGCCUCUAAAUGAGUGAAUUAAAAAAGAGUCCAUUUAAGCUGAGUGGUGUGCCUUCCUGUGUAAGGAGCCUGGCCAGUAUUUGUUACUUUUGCCGUGGAUAUGUGAAUUCAGAGCAGAUAAGUAUAAAUCUUUAAACUUGGUAUGUUUGUUUGAAGUGACAGGCCUGGUUGACGCAGGUAAUAUUGUUGUCAUAAAUACUUAGACUGUGUAAGGCAUUUGACCGGUACCGCGUAAUAUUCUGACUGAAAACCACAACAAUACAAAAAUCAACAUGGCACACAUUAAAUGGAUUAAAAUGUGGCUAACUCAUAGGUCUCAAUGUAAUUUUAAAUGGUGCUUAAUUGAGUGCAUUUCCAUCUGGAUCUUCCAGCAACUGUUCUUGGCGUUGCUUUACUUAGCCUUUUUAAUAUGUUGAAAAGAAACUAAAUCUACUUGUAACAAAGGUUGCAAAUUAAAUGGGUACGGAAGGGAGAUCAGACUUGUGAAUUAUGAAAGAAAAAACUGAUACAGAUCAGAAUUACUUGGCAAGCCAAGGGCAAGUAAAGUAUUUGCAUUUUAGCAGAGCCAAAUGUGUAGCAUAACAUUACCCAUCUAAUACAUAACGUUCAGGCCACAGGUGAAGGACUCUUUUGGAGGAAAAGCAUGUCUGAAAAGAUGAGGAUCAUUAUCUGUUACUGCUUGAACACUACUUCCUAACACAGUUCUGUGUAGCUAUGCCCCCUGCUAGAAACACUGAAAGCAGUAUUCUUUGCUGUCCUGAAGGAUGUGCUCAGACAGGGACCAUCUCAGAGAACACCUCUAGCUGCCACUUUUGUGAUGGUCACACUGUGUUUUGAAUGAUCUAUUGUUUUGUGUCUAAAUAGGAGGCAGCUGGUCUUGUGUAGAGGAUAGGUGAGGGUACUGUUGGGAGUUCUUGGGUUCUUCGCUUAGCUCUGCCAAGCAACCUGGAGUGCCAGAAAAGCAAUCGCAUGUUUUCUUCCAAAUUGAAACAUAUGCAUUUGUUUCUGCUUGUGGGGACACAAUCUAAGCACCUUCCCAAAGCCCCACAGACUGCUAAGGUGAAAAGAUUAAUGAAAAUUUCUCCAGUUCUUUUUGCAACAUCAGUAAUGAGGCGGAAACACUGCAUUCAGGUUUUAACAAUGUCUAUUUUAAAAUGGGUGUUAGAGAAAGGAAGAUGCAAGACUGCCUGGAAUUGCUGUCUAGCAGUUCUGACCACAGAUCAGUAAUGCCAUUUAAGUUGCGUAUUUGUUGGGCCAGCAGACAGGAGCUGUUAUUCUUUCUGUUAGUAAAUUUCCCAGUGGAACAUGGCAGGCAGGGUUACUCUCUUGGAUUCAGGAGGAUACAAGAGAUGAUGGGGCAGGUUAUUGAAAGCUCAAUAAUUAAACCAGGACCAGUGCUGAGGCUCAUGGGAAGACGCCACAUAAUUAUUUGGGGCAACUGCUGCCUACAGACUUCAGCCUGUUCCUAAAUUCCUGUGUUGGUUCCUUGCUGCAAACCAAAUACUGGUGGUUGAAGUCCCUUCCUCUAAUGUUAAGAGAAUGGAGGAAGACAAUGACCCCCAAAGACCUGUGUGUUCUUGAACCUGCAUUUUUUUUCCUAUUAGCACCGAGUGUUGAAGAAGUAGAUUGCACAUGGUCCUACAUGUGACAGUGCUCUUGCUGUUACACUUCUGUUCUUCUCUGAGGAUUUCCAGAACAGCUAUCUUAUCUCUCUGCCAGCUUAAAGUAAUUCCCCACAUCUUCCAGUGUGAUUUAUUUUCUUCUGGAAAUUGGUACAACACACCAUUGGCACUCUCCAAUGCCAGUUUUAGACAGGAAGGUCUUUCUUCAGUUGCCUGAGUUGUAGCAGAAAAUAAACAGGACCUGUUUGUGUACUGCUGUGGCCAUGUCCAUAAGGUUCCUGCAUGCUCUUCUGAGGCAGUGUUGAAGCUGCCAGAUUGAUCGUUGCAUUAGGAAGUUUCAGUUGCCUCUGGAACAGGUACAGCAAUAUGGCAUAUGGUAUAGGACUGAUAAAUGUGACUGUUCUGAGUAAAUGUGAAUGGUGUUACAGACCAAGCCAAAGGGAAGAAAGAAAAUUAAAUACCGUUUAAGGGCUUACUAUGUUCCUCUCCAUCACAUGCACUGUUAAAAGGCUGCAGGCUAAAGCUAUGAGUUGUCAGGUGAUCCAAGGUGUAUUCAUUUCUCCAGUCAGCUGGACAGUCUGCUUCAGCCAGAAACACGGUGGUUUUGUCACCAUUGUCUGUGUUUAGAAGUGCUUCCUUAGAAGCCAUCACACUAGGAAAGAGGUGGCUUCUUUCACUGCCUCUCUGAGAAAGAUUUACAUCAUUUUUCUAGUACCCAGCUAUUUGCCAAGAAAAUACUGCAGUGGUUGGGAGUGAGCUGGAGACAGCACAAAGCACAUUGUCUUGGGCUUUUGUUUGAGACUCUGGAGCCUAAAUGGAAGCUGAAAGAAAACACAAAGGUGGGCAGUGCUGCACAGUUUUUAUGACAGAUACUGAAAUGGUGGAGAUACCAGAGUGACAAAAAGAUACAUGGAGCUUUUGUCAAACUGGACCAGACUUCAGUUUUUGAGUAAAUGGUAAAAAGCUUAUAGAAAUUUAAGUAAAAUGGAAAACUGAUCACCAGUUCUAAGGGGUAUUUUGCACAUUUUUAUUUGAAGUACUUUACCAGCUGGGUAAGUCAAAAAAGUACUAUUCCAAAACUAGAUGAGGUACCUUCCAGUUCUGUUCAAAGAGAGCACUCAGAUGCGUAUUGAAAGGGUAAUGUUUUUGGAAUGCAGUUUUAAGCUCUGCCAUCACCAAGCAUAAAUCACAAGUUUUUCUUCGUGGAAACCUGAAAUACCGUCCGAAAUGCAUGUUCUCUUUUUUUUGGUCUUACUUAAUACAUACAUGAUCACAGGCACGUAAUCUGGCAAGAUUUGUUUUGGUUCUCACCUAUGUGCCUAAGAACUAGAACUCAUGGAAAAUCUGUUUCAUGUAACCUGCAAUGGAAUUAAAUGUGACUUGCAUUCAGUGCUCAUUAAGUGGACAAAGCUGUGGAAGCCUGCUCUGCUUGACUGACAGUGUACUUGUGAUAAUUUCCAUACAGAGAAUAUGAUGGCAAGUCAUGGUAUCACCUGAAGGUUGUAACUUCUGUGGUGGAAUUGACUUCACAGCUUGUCUGAUUGGUUACAUCUCAUUGUGGUACCCAGAAUUGCAAUUCAUAGAAAGAUGGUCUGCAGCAACGAUUUUCUAGCUGUGGAGUAAAGGACAAAGCUACUAGAGAGGACUGCAGUAGAGACCUUACUGCUUCUCUUUUCCAGGUAUAAAGAGAAAAUUUCCCAUGCAUUUUUGUAGGGCUUUUGAUUCACUCAGCAACAGUGCUAAUUUUCAGGAGUGUAAUAAAACUAAUCUGGAAAAGGUUUCAAAAAAAAUAAUCUACCCUCCUUCUAUGAGAAAGUUCACAAGCUAAAUCUACCAAACUGGUAUGUCGCUUCUAUUUUUGGAGUCUGCAGGACCAGUGAGCAGGCAGUGCUGGGAAGUAACAGGUUUUGAGCAGUCCUGACACUUCCAAUCUACAUUUCCUUCCAAAUGAACUGUCAGGAGGAGGAAGAAUACUAUGUCUGGCUGCUGCAAGCUGUUCAGCAUGAAUAGUGUGUGACUCUUUGGGCUCAAUGCCAGAAGUAGAACUGUUGGGAGUUGCUCUUUGCAGGUAUUACUGGGACUGCCACUUCUAAAACAUGAGGCAGGUGAUCUCUAGGUGGGCUAGUAUAAUGAGAGUACAGAUGACAACUUAAAGGGGGAAAAUACAAAUAAAUGAGAUUUGGAAAUAAAGACCAUAGUAGCAGAGAGCAGGAAUGUCUGAUGGACUUUCUCGUACUCAUGUGCCUCAAAAUACUAAAUCUGACAGUACAGGUUGGAGCUGUUGCUCAUCUCUGUUCCAGCUCUGGUGUGACAACCAUCAGGUUGCCAGCUGUAACACAAUGGUUCUCUGGAAUGCUGUUUCACUAUCCAUCUCCCUCCUUGUUUUACUGAAGGCAGGCAGUUCUUCACAGAAAGUAAUCCCUCACUUAAAUGGGGCCAGAAUAAUUGGACCUAGAGCAGGUAAACAGGCUAAGUUAUGAUCAUUUUGAUGAUGUUAAUGCAAGUCAGACAAUUACUCCUGACUCGAGGGCUCCCUUAGUAAUUUUUCUGUCUUGCACAGAGGGAAACAUACAGAAUAUGUGAAGCAGCCAGUAUCAAUACAGAAUAAUUAUAGCUGCAUUCUUCCAUAUAUAGCCCCCUUCUUCCUGACGGGACCUAGAAAAUAGCCGAAAUAGUUGCUGAUAGUGGAUGACUGCCCAGUGAAAGUAUUUUGUUUGUACAAGUGAAAACUAAAUAGACAGUAAGACCUUUCAUAAAGGGGACUGGUACCAAGAAUGCAAGUACAGCUUCUGCAGUAUUUUAAAAGAUGCUUAGUCUAGUGCAUAGCAUAUGUGGGAUACAAAUAUUUUGUCUCUCCAGUUUGCUCACGUGUCCUGUCCCCCUAACCACGAAAAAAAGAGUCUGAAAGAAAGGGGCAGUUAUUAGGAAAAGAAAGUAGGUAUUUCUGGGUUUAAUUAUUACAGGAUAAUGUAUUCAUUCUUUCUUGAACGUGAGUGUACAGAACUAACAUACAGGAAAGAUGUGACUAUAUCCUCCUUCCAGUGCUGAAACAGACUUGGAUUUUCUUCCCCAGUCCUUGCUCUUCAUUUUCUCUUUUAAGGUUUAGCAGGGGCAGUCCUUUCCUCUCUCCACUGGGCUUUCUUCUCCAAGUUUAUGUUUGUAAGAGUUUCAUGUCUUUUUACAGCCUGCAAUGUAAUAAGAUCAUCAGUUAUCACCUGAAGGACCACAGAACUGAAACUUGAGUUGAUGGCUUACAAAAUAUCUGGCCUAUCCUUACCGAGGCACAGUUCUGUCAGCAGUAACACCAGGAAGCAAGAGGGGUAAAAUAAAAUAUCCAGCAACCAUUUAGGCUGGGAAUAAACUGAAUUUAUUAUUAUCUCUGGGAAUAAACUCAACCCUUUUGUUAAGGUACUAGAAGAUAUGUUCUGUGCUUCUGGUCAGUAUAUAAUACUAAUCUCCAAUCUUCACAAGUCACAGGUACUAGAAACAAAAGUUAAACAGAAUCACAGAAUCUUCUGAAAUGGAAGGGAUUCACAAGGACCAUCGAGUGAAUGGCUGGCCCAUCCAGGGACUGAACCUGUGACCUUGGUGUUAUUAGCACUAUACUGUAGCCAACUGAACUCAUCUCAGGAAACAAAUAGUUCCAGCUUCUUUGAAAACAAGGUUUCCAAAGUAGCUGUCCUCACUUCCUGGUGUUUGCAUUCCUACUACUCCAGUACAGAGGAAAAUAUUCUGGGAAUUGUCAGUGUUUGAUCUCUUCUGCUAAAGCCAGGGAAAAACCUUUGCCCUGUUUCAUUUCAGAGUGCUGCAUCCUUUUCAUUUUAAUAGACAAAUGCUGACAGAAAUGUCAUUUGACAUUCAGCAAUUCACAGACUGUCACCAGUUUUAAGGUUUCUCUAGAACACUUAGCAGUCCAUAGAAACAAGAUCUGAACACUGUCAUUAGAAGAACUGCUUCGGAGAAAAGCAGCAUACAAAGAAGGUUCUUCUGUGCAUGCAGAUGGUUUAAGCUGAAAGGUUUUUUUCUUUUAAAGGAAGCACAUGCAAUCUUUUAACAGUGGCAUCAUCCUUUUCCACUGGGAAUUAGUCAAUGAGGGUCUCUUCUGGGGAACUAGGAGGACUUCUAACAUUUUUGUUCAGUGAUAAAAUGAAAAAAAACAAAACAAAAAAACCCACAAAGCCCCAAAGCAAGACAGUACUAAAAAUCUGUAGAGUAACCAAGAAGUUUAUGUUAAGAUUGAUUUGCACUCAUCAGCCAAAAAUCUGUGCUUACCUGCUUCCCUCUAAUCACCAUGAUGAUGCAUCCCACUACUGUCAAGGCAAUCAUUACAUAGCUGAACUUCACACGCAGUGUGGUCUUUGCUGCUCUGAUUGUUUCAAUCCUCAAGAAAUAAGAAUAAAAGAACAGACUCAUUAUCCAAGACCUAAAUAAAUCACUUGACUAAUUGUUUAAUUUCUCCUAGCAUGCUAUUGAGGUAGUUUUUUAUAAUGCUAAUAGUUCUUGGUGCUUUUCACAAAAAAAGUUUUACAAGAUGGGAAAGGCUGAUCCCAGCUACCUUGGGACAUACUUGGUCACAAAGACAUUCCUCUCAAAGCUGGAAACAAACCCAGCUUUUUUAUCUGUGGUUACUUCAUUUUUAAGAGACAGUAAUGCCUUUGCAGACCACUUGACUGCAAUGCAAAGGAGGAAGGCUGCAGCAUUUAAGUAUGUAUGUUCAUUGUGGAAAGAACAAGAAAAAGAGAGGGUUUAGUAAUGCAGUGUUUUCCUUACUGUUCACUCCCUCUGUGCUCACUACCACCUUCCAAUAUCUGCAAAGCCGGGAAAGCUCCAUAGUCUAACUGUGAUGUAUUUAGCAUUGUAAAACAUGCAUUCUUCUCUCAAUAGCAGAGGUAUGGUAAAAACCAUUUGUGAGCGAGAAUAACAUACAGAAUUUAAGAGCUGGGAUUUUCUUGGGCUGAGGGAAGCAUUUUCACAGCUCAGCCAUUUCUACUUCCUGAACUUCACAAUAGUGUCAUUUAUGACAAAGUCUGUUUUCCAGCAAGGCAUGUUCCUAUACUACAGGAUUUGACAGAUGAUACACUGGCUGGUGGGUACAAUACCCCUCAGAAAUUCUGAAAAGGACUUGGUAAAAGACAAGUGGUUAGCACUUCCCUCCUGCUAGAAUAAAUAGUCUUCAAGUAAUCUGUUUUUGUAAGAAACUAAGGAGGUGUGGAGGAAUGUAAGCUUUCCACCAUCAGAUUUGGACAGAGGAACCCUUUAUAUCCUUUUUUUCUCUCCAUAAUUUCAGGGGGCUUACCUACCACACCAGUAGCUAUACUACUCCUUUGGGAAACCUGUUGCCUAGUCUGCUGUUAUCUUUAAAAACCAGAAGUCUUCCACAAGAAGAGUAGCGGUUAUUAACACCUUCCAGCUGUACAUGUGAAGAGUUAAAAGAAAAGACCAUUUAUUUUAAUUGGGUUAAACUCUGAAGAUCAUUCUACCCAAAUGACAUCUUGGUUACAGCAAAUUUUGUGUUAGAGCAAAGCAAGAAGGGCCAAGGAAGUGUUAGUGCUUUUUGGAUGCGCUCUGCAAAAUAACCAAAGACUUACAGCCUGCCUAUAUAUUUAAUUCUCCUUGCAGAAUUUAGAGCAGGUGACUCCCUUCUCAAGGAGGCCUGAUAUUCUCACUGAUUAAAUUUACCACGUUAUAAAGUUCCAGAAGACUUGAAAAGCAUCCACAGUGCAUGGUGAAAAGAAUAAAUACAUCAAACUAGGUAAUUACAGCCCAAAACUAACACGGAUAAUGGAUUUAAUGGAACUGGGAAAUUAUUACUGUAUACAGACAUGAGUGAAUAUGAAAUCUUUUACUACAUUUUGACCCUUAUACUUGGAAGAAGAAAAAGAUACGUAAGGAUCCACAAUAGUUCAACGUGGUAAAUCACAUAAGACCUGAGAGCUGAAAAGAGUUUUGCUCUUGUUUUUGUCAGAGUAUUGAUUUGAUUGCAAGGCUUCUGAUCAUAGGGAACAAACACAUCCAUCUACAAUGAAACUAACAGUUAAUUUUAGCAUCUAGGUUAUUUGUUUCUGCUAACAAUCUACAAUGACCACCUGAGUGCAAGCUGCAAUUAAGCUGAAAUGCACAGAAGCAGGAUUAAAAAAACUGUGCUAAUUAAUUUUGGAAGUACCUUAGAUGUGUUAAGAAUACAUAUGAGAGCAAAAGGUAGAUAUCUGAACACAGUCUGCAUUUAAAUCAAGUCAGUGGCUAAGAUUAAUAUUUGUUUAAUAAAUGAGUUACUUCUGAUCACCACAUUUUACAAGAUUACCGAGUUAUAUCACAAGCCCUUACAACCCACAAUUAAUUAAUCUCAGAACAGGAAAACAAGUUUUUCUGUGUUUAUAGUUCUCAAUUGUCGUCUCAGAUUUGGCUGAAUUAUUUGUCUAAAUAAAAAGAAUUCCCUAUGCAUUUGCACAAAUGGUCAGCUUUUACCAGAAUUUGGUUUGUCCUUUCAAUAAACUACUGAAAUCAA